CAAAAGGGGUGCCACUUGUCAACAUGUAAAUCACAAAUUGCAAGUCAUCACUAAUAUUAUUUUCAAGGGACCAUGGAAAGUGAAAAUAAAUAAUUCAUACUACUAAGUGGUGAGAGCAAAAGAAGAGAAAAGGUAUAGGAGAAAAAUGGCAAGCACAGUAAUGAGCUCAUUGAGCCUAAAGCCAACUUUCACUUUGGAGAAAACAGCAGUGAAAGGGCUUCCAUCACUUGCUAGGUCUUCUUCUUCCUUCAAAGUUGUGGCUAGUGGUGGCAAGAAAAUUAAGACUGACAAACCCUAUGGAAUUAAUGGAGGCAUGGCCUUGAGAGAUGGGCUUGAUGCCUCAGGAAGGAAGCCCAAGGGAAAGGGUGUGUACCAAUUUGUUGACAAAUAUGGAGCUAAUGUUGAUGGAUACAGUCCCAUCUACAACACAGAAGAUUGGUCUCCAAGUGGUGAUGUCUAUGUUGGAGGUACCACUGGCUUAGCCAUAUGGGCAGUGACCUUGAUUGGCAUUCUUGCAGGAGGUGCUCUCCUUGUCUUUAACACAAGUGCUUUGGCACAGUAGAAUGUUAUCCUUGUAUUGUACUAUUUUAUGUUGUAUUCCAGCUCACCAUGUAAUCUUUUCAUGAAUACUUCAAAAUAUUUCCUGGCAUCAUGAUUAAUAUGUAAUUGCUGUGAUUUUACUGUGGAUAAUAUUACACAUAAUGUUGCUUGUUUAA